AUGGCAAAGUGUAGAACAAAUGGCAAGAAAAAGAAUGGCAUUGAAAUGCUUAAAAUAGUGGUAGAAAAGCUACAGAAAAGUUUACUCUUAGGCGGGAAGAAUUCUUCUGAUUUGGAUGAAUUUGACGAAGAAAUGAGGGAGUCGAAGAACUUGCCGAACGAUGUGAAGGAGGGACAUUUUGCGGUGAUUGCAGGGGAUGAUGAUGAAUUGAAGAGAUUCAUUGUGCCGUUGAGUUAUUUGACUCAUCCAUCAUUCUUGAGGCUAUUGGAGCAAGCUGCCGAAGAGUACGGGUUUGAUCAUGAAGGUGCACUCACCAUUCCUUGCCGGCCAAGCGAGCUCGAACACAUACUCGCGGAGCAAUGGGUGGAGCAGAGGGAUUCUAGGUUUCUUGUCAACUGGCCGGGCUCAUGCAGGAAAACAAUGCUCAAGAGCUGUUAA